AUGUCGGACCAAGAGUACUGGAACAAUCAGCGUCCUGGCCAGAGUUGGGGCUACGGAGGUAAUCAAGAGGAACAAUGGCAACCUCCUUCUGGACCACCUCAGGGCUACGGUGGGCAACCUUACGGUUCAAGUUACGACCAGAACCGCCCAUAUGAGGAAGGUCGGGACUAUCAACCACCAUAUCAUCAACCAGCAGCCUAUCCAGGCUCGGACAAUCAGUCUUCGAAUCAGUACUCUUCUCCUCCACCAACCCAGCCAUAUUCCUACCAGCAACAGGAAUACUCGUACAGAUCCCAAUCUUAUGGUUACAAUGACCAACCUGAUUCCCGAGCAUACUCCCCAAAUCCACAGUCUCAAUACAACAGUUUCAUCCCACCAGCAGGACCACCCCCUACUCAUACUCAGACAGGCCCAUACCCUCCACAACCUGCUCCUGGGGCUCCUCUGGACCCCAACGACCCACAAGCCCAAGACCGAGGGCUCAUGGGUGCCGUUGCCGGUGGCGCUCUAGGAGCAUAUGGCGGCCACAAAUUACACCACGGCUUUCUGGGCACAAUUGGAGGCGCGAUCGCCGGGUCCAUGACCGAAGAUGCCUACAAGAAACACAAGAAGGAGAAGAAUCCUCUUCGUCGAGACUCUUCGUCAAGCAGUAGUUCGUCGGACGAUGAGAAGAAAAAGAAGAAGCACGGCUGGGUCGCACCUGCUGCAGCUGUCGGUGCCGGGACAUACGGGGUGCACCAGUACCAGCAGCACCCUCAGCAGCAACCACGUCCGCAAGAUCAACCUCAACAAUACGUUCAGUCACGGGGUAAUUUCUCUGCUUCGUCUCACAGCAUCACUUUGGACAGAGACUAUGAUCUGAUCGCAUCGUGCGCUGACGUCCAUGGGAAUCACAAGCUAUCAUCUAUCUCGCUGAACAAUUGUCUGGCUAAUGAGCACGGUCAGUUCGUGUGGGCUAGAGGUGGCAACUUCGGUGCCAGUGCAAGGGAUGUGAGACUGUGUGAGAACGGAAAGGUGUUGGAAGCAGAGUUGGGAACAGGCGAUGGCUGCUGGAACAGGACUUCUAUCAGGUUGGAUCAGCGUGUGAGCAACAACGACGGCGAGUUGAUUCUCUUGGAUUGA